AUGUUGGCAUCCAUGACUGGGAGCAGUCGAAAGCGAGGGAUGUUUGAGGAGCCUGACAUGUUGGCAAAACGCCAAUGCGUCAGGAAUCCUGAGUAUCAGGCUGCCUUCCAGAUGUUUGACCGGGAUCUUAGCGGCACGAUUGACCUUCAGGAACUGAAUGCAGCUUUGCAAGCUGUCAAGCUCAGUGUGGAAUCUGGCACUCCACAAGCUGUGUUCACGAAGCCUUUCAAUCCGAAUACAAUGCUGUGGCUGGCCGGCAAGUACGCACGGCAGGGCGGUGGGCACAUACGCCUGCAAGAGUUUUGCGAGAUGCUUCAGUACUUGGAGAGCGUCAAGAACAUUUUUACUCAGAUUGACACCGACAGGACAGGAGACAUCUCGGUCUCCGAACUUAGCCGUGCUCUGAAGCUCUCUGGCUUCAAUGUGACUGGCCUGCCAGACGGUGGCGGAGAUGCCCUUAGCCUGGCAGUAGCCGAGAAGAUUGGUCGAGCGUACGACGCAGAUGGCAAUGGUGUCUUGACAUUUGAUGAGUUUGUGCAGCUGCGACUUGAAUGGGAUUCCUAUUUAGACAACUGGGCUGCAAAUGUUGCUCCUGAUUCCAAUGCGAUCUCGCCACAACAGUUGCUAGCCAUCUUGGAGGCGAUCAAAGCGUCCCUGGAGCCUUUACAUGACUUGGCCUUCGCGCCAGCUGUAGCAGGUCUCAGUGGCUUCAGCCCUUCAAGCUUCCUGGGGCCCAUGUUUUACAACUCCAUGUUCAAGGUCCCGCGGCCCUUUCUGCAUAGCACCGCCGAAGUCCUGAUCCGAAAGUGUGCGGGAGGAGGUGCUUUGCUCACAUUUGAGCAGUUUUGCCUCCUCAUGGAGUUCCUGAAGGAGCAAAAGAAGAAGUUCACUGCCGUUGAUCAGGAUAGAUCGGGUGCAAUUAGUUUGGAAGAGCUGGGCGUGGCUUUUGCGCAGAGUGGCCUUCCACUACCGCUGGAACAGCACCUUGUCUGCAUGGUGGUGUGA